UGUUCCUAGGCAAUUGUGUGUUAUGUCGAGGGUGGCUGUGUGGUCCCAAUCUGAUGUCGAUGCCCUGAUAGAGGCAGACAAAAAAGCUGGAGGUGACUAUGGAAGAACUCAGUCUGUUGAUGUUGCUUACGGCGAGAGACACCAUCCUCGAUUGCCAAGAGAUAUGCGGGGUUCCUACAUUGCAAAAGAGGUUCUGAAUGUUUUAACAAGCCGAUUUGAGAGAAUCGAGGAGCAAAUGCACAACCAAGGAGAGGUUUUAAGAAGUAUGAAACUUGAUUUGUCAAGAAUAGUAGGGGUGAGGGAACAAGAUAGUGGGUUGAAGGACACUCAAAGUGGAGGUACAAGUGGUGGUAGUGUGGGUGGUGUGGUUGUUUGCCCUGCUCUCGGAGGUACGCAGACAAUGAGGCCAACCACAAUUCCUACGGCCACUGCACAGCAGUUUGGAGUUCCGUCGCCGGCGGGUUUUGCACCGGCCUUUGGUUCAGCUCGGGGUUUUGGCACCCGAGGCUUUGGGUUCCCUCCUCCUUCCACUUCAGUCUCUCUAGUUUUGGUGAGUGAUCCUAUAACCCCUGGUCCUUCUUCUGCGGUUACCUCAGAUGUUCUUGGAUUUAUGGCUCCCUCUUCCUCUGAUUGUUCUGUCCCUACGAAAUCUAUGACCGCGCUACAGACUGAAGUACAAUCUCCUGCUCAGAAGCCGGUAAUCACCACUGAAAUUUUAAAGGGAGUUUCACCUCUUAGGAGCUCCCGGAAGAGUCGUACUGAUAUGGAGAAGGAAUUGGUUGCUUUCAUCAAGGAGUGCCAGGGAAAUAGCAAGGAUGAAGGACCAGAGUUGAUUGAGUACGAUGGUUUAUGUCUAAGCAAAUAUCAGAUGGAUCGAAGGAUGGCAAUGGAUGAGUAUGCGGGGAUAGAAUAAGUCAAAGUGGCUAGU